AUGUCGGCCAAGAGUCUACAGACGCUGGUAAAGAACCGCUAUAUUCAUGCGAUCCAGUCGGUCCAGCCGCCAACGCGGUGGAAGCACCUUGUUGUGGACUCCCAUACGAUGGCGUACCUGAACUGCGUGAUGCGCAUGUUUGACAUUCUGGAUCAGAACGUCGCACAAGUGGAAAACAUCGAAAAGCGGCGCGACCCGAAGCCAGACUACGAGGCCAUGUACCUGCUCACUUCGACCUCCCAGAAUGUAGAUCGGGUCAUUGAAGAGCUUGCGCCGUCCGCAUCUGGAAAGCAGCCGCAGUUCGGUGCGGGUCACGUCUUUUUCGUCGAUAGCAUCUCCGACGCACUGGUCGAAAAGCUGACCAGCUCGGCAGCAGGCCCCAAGCUGCGCCAGCUGGUGGAGCUGUUUGUCGCAAUGUGGCCGAUGGAAGCGCAAACAUUUUUGCUCAAGCAGCCGCACUCCCUCUUUCACCUCUUCCAGCCCAUGUCCACGCCGUAUUCGCCCAGCAUGGAAGAAUCGCUCGCGCUUGUCCAGGAAGAACUGGAUUUGGCCGCACAGGCCUUGCUAAACGUGUGUAUCACACUGAAUGAAAAUCCGCACAUCCGGUACUUGAACCCCAGCGGCGAGCCGCUCGGCCCUUUGAGCCUAGCCGCACAGCACGAUACGGUCGAAGGCGCAACGGUUCCGCCGCCGAAGCAGGAGUGUGGCGGUUUGGAUGCGAUCCGCGUCGGCGAGCAUUUUACCAAGCAGCUUGCCUUCCGCGUGCAGGCGCUCUUGGACGACUAUGCCAAGACGGGACAACUCCUCGGCGAGCCCAACAGGCCGCAAGGUGUGCUGCUUAUCACCGACCGUACGAUGGAUACCGUCGCUCCCUACCUGCACGAAUUUACCUACCAGGCCAUGGUCAACGACCUGCUCAAGCUUGAAGAGGGGACACGGUACAAGCACACGUACACCAACGCAGAAGGCGAGCGCGAAGAAGUGGUGGCCGAGCUCAGCGACGAAGACGACAUCUUCACCGCCAUUCGGCACUUGCACAUUGCCGAAGCCAUAGCGCACCUCACGAACGAAUUUCAGCAGCAUAUGGGCGAGGCCGCGACCUUUUCGAAUGCAGGGAGCAUCAGUGGGAUGCGCGAUAUGCUUGCGUCGCUUCCGCAUAUGCAGUCGACCAAGGAAAAGUUGUCGCUGCACCUCUCCCUCGCACAGCAGUGCAUGGACCGCUUUGAAAAAAGCAAGCUCGCGGCGCAGGCCAUGGUCGAGCAAAACAGCGCAACGGGCCGUGAUCCCAGCGGGGCUAAACCGCGCGCGCUGGUCGAGGAAAUGGUGCCGCUUUUGGGCGACGCGCAGAUUUCUAACGCAGACAAGGUGCGGAUCAUUGCGCUGUAUAUCCUGUUCUGCGAGGGCGUCCACGACGAAGACCGCAAGCGUCUCUUUCAGCAUGCACGCCUAUCGAGCAGCGAGGUUGGCGCGGUGAACAACUUGGUGCAUCUCGGUGUGCGCACAGUGCGCGAUACGUCUGGCUCGGGCUUCGACGCGAUUUUCAAGAGGCGCAAGCGCGAGCUAAAGCCCAUGGGGCCGCUCAAAGGCGAGGGCGAGUACGAGCUGAGCCGGUACCAGCCGCUGAUCCGGACUAUGAUCGAGGAGCAUAGCAUGGGCCGCCUGGACCAGUCCUACUUUCCAUAUGUAAAGGACGCGCCGCCAGAAACAGCCGCGCUUGGCUCCUUGUCGCGCACGACAUCGCCUAGCAUCUCUUCGUUCAGCAGCAGUGCAAGUGGCAUGGCCACCUCGAUGCUCAACUCGGCGAUCAACGCGACGGGCGGAAAAGAUUCGCCAUUUGCGCGCGUCGGCCGCUUCGACGCUUCGAGCACCGCCAGGCCGAGCCCGAGCGGCUCGGCGAGUUUGCGCAGCGCCAAGCCAACCUGGCACCAAAAAAGCCGCGCGAGUUCUGUUGCUUCCAUCAACACCGCCGGCGGAGCGCUCGCCACGUCGCGCGGCCCGAUUUCCCCGGAGACGAGCAAUCCAACGGCGCAGCGUGUGAUUGUGUUUAUGGCUGGCGGUAUGACCUACUCGGAAAUCCGCACAGCGUACCAGGUUGGGCGGCGUAUGAACACGGACGUGUACAUCGGCUCGUCCCACAUUCAUACCCCUGCAUCGUUCAUGGACGAGCUGCGUGUGCUUGGAACGGCGCGGCAGCCCGCGCCCAACUCGCCGCACAUCCAAGCGCGGCGCGAGGCAGAAGCGGCAUUCCAGCGGCAAAAGGCGAUGGUGGAGCAGGACAAGAAAUUCAAACCCAAGGUUAUCGAGCCGCCGGCGUAUACACACAUGCUGCCGCCGCAGAAGCGCUACGAUCUGCGGUACGCGACCGUGUCGGAGCCGGAGCCGGAGCCGGAGAAGGAGAAGGCGAGCGGCAAGGAGCGAAUAGCAGGCGCCUUCAAUUCUUUCCGUGGUCAGGGGCCGGAUUUGAAUGCAAAACCGCAGCCGGCAGCACCCGCCCCAGAAGAGCGUGUGAAACGCCGGGAUCUGUCCAAGUUCAAGGUACGUGGAGAGGUGCUCACAGCAGAAUCCAUUCUCGUUUAA